AUGGCGUCAACCCUGGCGUCAAACACUCAAAGUCUCGAGCUUACAGACGUCGAAAAGACACUACGGCAGCUACUGCUCGAUGUUGCAGAGUUUGUUGACAGCUCCUCUGCUGCGGAAGACCCAGAAACCCAAGCAAAGUUACCAGACCAGCUAGCAACGGAAAAGAUCGUACUCCGCUUCACUGGAGGAUGGGUCCGGGACAAGCUGCUCGGUGUCGGCAGCCAUGACAUCGAUGUUGCCAUCAACAAGAUGACGGGCUUCCAGUUCGGCCUAAAGCUGAAAGAGUACUUGGAGAUUCCUGGCAAUCCCGAGAAAUACGGUCUUGAAGGCGUUGCGUCGCCAGACGAUAAGGCGGCUGAUGCGGGCACCACCAGCAAGAGCAGGAAAGUCGGUGGACUCUACAAGAUCGAGGCCAAUCCAGAAAAGUCAAAGCACCUUGAGACCGUGACCACAAAGAUCCUCGGCCUGGAUAUUGAUCUGGUAAAUCUCCGUAAAGAGACUUAUACCGAAGACAGCCGGAACCCCCAGAUGGAAUUCGGCACGCCUGAGGAGGACGCCCUUCGCCGCGAUGCCACAGUCAACGCCCUCUUCUACAACAUCAACACGUCAGCCAUAGAGGACUUCACAGGCCGAGGCUUCAGAGACAUGCAAAAGAGAAUCAUCCGGACACCGCUCGAGCCGUAUCAAACUUUCAUGGACGAUCCGUUACGUGUGCUACGUCUGAUACGCUUUGCAAGUCGGCUAGGCUACACCAUAGACCCCGCUGCAGAAGAGUGCAUGAGGAACGCCGAAAUCAAGGAGGCUCUCCGAAUCAAGAUCAGCCGCGAGCGCGUCGGUAUCGAGCUCGAGAAGAUGCUCAAAGGUCCCGAUCCGCGUUCUGCUUUGAGCUAUAUCGAUCGUCUGGACCUGUACGAGACAAUCUUCACGGAUCCCACUAAGAAAUUCACCUUCACUCCAGAGGCCAGCCACCUACAACCAGCUUACGACGUGGUCUCAAAGAUCCUGGCAAACCAGGAUGUGUCUACUGCUCUACGCGAUGCUUAUGACUCUAUACGUACAAUCGUUUUCCAAGGCGAGGAAGAUCAGCACCACGCCUGGAUUCUCGCAGCCCUGGUACCCUGGGCAGACGCACCGCAACCGGAGCCCAAGAAGGCGGGCGGCAAGAUACCGCCUCCACUUGCAGAAAACGUAGUCCGUGAAGGCAUCAAAGCACCGAACAAAGUAUGCGAAGUCGUUGCUGCUUCAGUACGGAACCUCGAUGAAAUACGCAAGACGGUAGACAAGUUCAAUGACCACAACCGUCAUCCUCGCAAACGAUCGGAAAGUGACGACUGGACGGCUCGUGACACGCUCGGUAUGGCGAUUCGUCGCUGGGGGGCAACAUGGCGGACUCAGGUUGUCUAUGCUCUGGCCUACGAGGUUGCGAAUGCGCAGUCUUCCGAGAAAAUGAUCGUUGAAGCCUACCAAACUUUUCUACAACACAUCCAAGCCCUCAACCUCCUCGAAGCCCACACCUUCACGCCCAUAAUCGACGGCCGCGCCCUCUCCGCCGCGCUCUCCACCCCCCCGGGUAAAUGGAUGAAGGACGCCCUCGACGUAAUCAUGGCCUGGCAACUGCGCAAUCCCGACCUCACCGACACAGCCGCCGCAAUCGAGGCGGUCCGCAGCAGCGGUGUCUUGAGCCACAGCGAAGCCAAGCCGAACGGCACGAGCAAGGCGCCGAAGAAGAGGGAUACCAGAAAGAAGGGUGAGCAGUCUUCUACUCCCCCUUACGCCUCCCUCAUUGCGGCUCUCAUCCAUCACUUCCUGGCGCUUACGAUCCGUCCGCUCUUCGCACAGACACCGCAUCCUGAGCUCACGGCGCAGGGGCGCAGGAACACGACAUCCAUGCUAGCCAGGAAGUAUCCUGAGCUAGAAAACGAGGCGGUGACGCGGCCCUGGAAGCAGAAAGAGGGGGCCUAUGCCGUCUCGCUCUUAUCAUGGUGUAUCAAAUCGCUAGAUGCAGACCUCGCACAAAAAGAGUGGCCCCUCCUGAUCCCUCCCAUCCUGACCAUGAUCGAUGACCCCGAUAUCCCUAUCAAGGCCCGCGGCUGUGAUCUUCUCACCACCCUCCUGGCCGCUACGCCGCCCACGCUGCUCCAGCGCACGGGGCUGGGCGAGGUGUUUGAGGAGGCCCUUAUGCCGUGCUUGAGCUACCUGCCUACCCUGACGUCCGAAGCCGAAUCCAUCGUAAUCCUGAACGCCGCCUUCCCCGCACUAGUCGCACUGGCGAAUGUGCGAUAUCCCGUCGCGCCCGGCGACAAGCUCGGCGCGGGAAACAUGACCCAGAGAGCGAAGGCGCUGGAUAAGUUGCUCCGGCAGGGCGUGCUGAGGGGUUUCGCCUUCGCGGGUGAGCAUGCCAGGAUCGCGGAAGUGCUGGUUGCGCAGCUCGCUGUUAUUGUAGAGGAACUGGGGGUAGAGUCUGUCAAGCAUCUCAGGGAUGUGCUGCCGAUGCUGUCGGGUGUGCUGGCUGAGCCGUUUGGGACGGCGUAUCCGCCGCUGCUGGUUGGGGCUGCGAGGGCGCUAAGGGCGGUUGUGUUGGGGGCGUGGCCGAGGAUUGGGAAGUGGAGGGCGGAGGUUGUGAGAGGGGUGGCGGUUUGUUGGAUCAGGGUUGUGGAGGAGGAACAGGGGAAGGUGGAAGGGGAGCGGGGGAAGGAGUUUGUGGAGGUGAAGGGGGAGUUAAGGAAGGUUGUGGAGGUACUGAGGGCUGCUGUGGCGAAGGAUGAGGAGGUGGAUAUUGAAAAGGAUUUUCGAGAGUUUGUGGAGGCUGAUGAGCGACUGAAGGACUUGUUUGAGGGUUGA